CAUGAUUUUACAAGAUGCGAAAACAAAAACUAGAUAGUAUAACAAAGAAGAGAGAGAGAGCAAAGAACUGAUAGCUGGGUCAUUUCUUUAAGAUCAUGUUGUCUGUGUUUCGUCUUCUCUCACUCUUGAUCUGUAGUGUUGGGGUAUGGGUAUCAACAGUAAAUGGACAAGGGCAGUGUCCUAAUGGCUUUAUAGAGCAGUCUUCAUUACCUGGUUUAGUAAAUGAUGCUGUCACUAGACCUGAGGGCUACCUGUAUUUCUUCUUUUCUGUUAAUUUUACUUGUCAAUUUGAAGUAUCUGGCUUUAUUCUUCUAGCAACAGAGGAUGAUGGAGUAGGAGAAUAUCCUUUUAUUCAGAUAUGGAGAGAAACAUCAACUAACUUGUACGAUAGAAUUCAUAAUAUUGGUAGCAGUGAUGAGGUGGCAUUCCUUGGUAAUUCAUUAUAUCAAUAUACUCCUACUAGUGGGAAUAUUACUGUACUACCUGGUGACAUAUUGGGACUAUUGGCAUUAUCCAAUUCUAAUUCAAGAGUCACUCCUUAUCUCCUCAAUCAAUCCUCACCACAGUAUUAUGAAAUAUCAGCUAUAUCAUCACAACUAGGACUUACUUAAGUAUUUGCUAAUAAUCAGCUCAAUUUUCGUAACCAGUACUCACCGCUUGUUGCUAUUGAAUUAAUGGUCUCAUUUUCAUCAAGUAUAUCAUCAACAAUACAGACCACCACCACUAUGAUCACCCCCACCACCACUACUACUGCUACUAUUUCAAUUGCUACAAGUAUGAUAACAUCAGCAAGUGAUUCAAUGACCAGUUCACUAAUAGCUACUACACCUGGGGCUAGUAGUAACACUCUAUCACUCAUUGUAGCAUCAAGCACUACUCCAUCAGACUCAUCCUCUAAUGCUGGUAUGCCUUCAAUUACUAGUCAUCAACCUACUGUUACACCAUUACCUCCCUCUUUCUCUUCUACGAUUGGUACAACACCUCUCGGAUCUCUGUCUUCUUCUUCUCUCUCUAUACUCCUCUCAUCAUCUUCUCCCUCUUUUACCAUCUCUACAACUCUUUCUUCUUUCUCCAUGACUUCUCUUCCUUCUACUUCUGUUUUACUUUCCCCUCCCUCCUCCUCUCUCUCAUCUUCUCCAUCCACAUCUCCUCCCCCUCCCUCUGUUUCCUCAUCCCCCUCCUCUUCUCCUCCCUCCUCUGGGUCAUCUGUACUAACAACAGCUGUUAUUUCUGGUGUCGUUGUUGCUGUUGUUCUUAUUCUUAUCAUCAUUGGACUUAUAUUUUUACUGGUCCUGCUCUUUGGCCUUGGAAGAAAGAGGAGAAGACAAAAAUACUCUCCGACUGAUGACAAAACCAAAGAUACCUUUGACAAUCCAAACUACACAGGUGUAGUAUCAAAUACUAACGUACUCAGUCCCAGCUCUACGAUGACUGGUGAUAACUUUGUGACUCAUUAUGAGAUACCAGGCUAUCAAGACCCAGGGUUAGGGUCGUCAACGAUGCCACGAGAAACCUUAUACGACGUAGCACAAGUACCUCCGCCUAACAGCAUAGUAAAGAAGGAAGGAACUAAUGGAGCAGUGUAUGAUGAGGCCAGACCUACAGGCACUAAGAGUGGAGGCAUAACUAGUAUAUAUCAUGAGCUAGGGCCUGAUGAUGGAAUGCAUUAUGAGUUUGGACCCACUGGGACUGACACUGCCCCUCAUUAUGAGACGAACUCUGGGUUUAUAUACGAGAUGGAGACAGUCCCGUCUGGAUAUGAGCAACCAGUUAUAUCACGUUCUAAUACUAUGAAGAACCAUGCUACCACUAAUAAUACACCAGCACCUCAUCCUGGUAAUGGUACUGUGUCACCAGGAGUUAAUCAUUAUGACGUGUUGGAGGAGUCACUGAUGGGUGCUGAUCCUAAUGCUAGUGAUACUGUUAAUCAUUAUGAUGUUCUUGAUGACGUUAAUAGCAAUUCUAAAGACAUUCAUGACUACAGCGUCCUAAGUGGUAAAGAUAUUUAUGUUCCUACCAAAGAAGAAAGGCGGGUAGUGUCACAAAGUGAAACACAACUAACUGAGAGCAUUUAUUCUUUACUGGAGGAGACUCAGAGACAGAAAUAUGAGAACGUGAGGUUUUUUGAAGAGUCUGACAUAUACUGGAGACCAGCCUGCCAGGCGUCAGAUCUUUAUGAUCAGUUAGCCAAGAGAAAAUACAGAGAGAUAAGACAGAAUCAACUGAGGCUAGUGAAGCACCUUGGUUCUGGUCAAUUUGGUACAGUUAAUGAAGGAGUGUGGCAUUCUCCAACUGGUGAGGUGAAAGUGGCUAUUAAGAUGCUACCAAAAGCUUGCAAAGAGGAAGAGAAGAUAAAGCUUUUGCAAGAGGCGGCCAUUAUGGGGCAGUUCUCUCAUUCUAAUGUUGUCACACUCCAUGGGGUUGUCACUGUUGGUGAACCAUUGAUGAUAAUUAUGGAGUUGAUGAAGAAUGGUGACUUGAGAAAUCACCUUCUCUCAAUCAGAAAAGAUUUAGAAACAUCUUCUGAUGAUUUGUUGCCUUCCAAACUCUUAAAGUUUUGCCAGCAGAUUGCCAAUGGGAUGAAUUAUUUGUCAAUGAAAUCAUUUGUACAUCGUGACCUUGCAGCGAGAAACGUAUUCUUAAAUGAUCGUUUUAUAUGUAAAAUUGGUGAUUUUGGUAUGUCACGUGACCUUGAAGAUGAGAACUAUUACGUGUCACACGGUGGAAAGGUACCAGUUAAAUGGACAGCACCAGAGGCUUUAUUAUACAAGAAAUAUGCACCAACCACUGAUGUAUGGAGUUACGGGGCUGUACUGUAUGAGAUGUGGAGUUUAGGACAUAAACCAUUUGAAGAGUAUUCAAACCAACAGUAUAUGGAGAUGAUACAGACUGGGUAUCGUCUGCCUCCUCCUCCUGGUUGCCCUAGAGGAAUAUAUCAAUUGAUGAUACACUGCUGGAACCCUGACAGUAACCACAGGCCAACAUUUAAGGAUAUUCUUGAUACAUUGGCAGAGGAUCCAGAGGGUCUCCUUCAUUGGAGUGAUGAUAAUAAAGCAGCUCAUGAGUCUUCCUCUGUCCUUGGAUCAGAUUUAGAGGCAGGUCAAGACUUGUAUCCGGAACUGCAGCAAAUUUUUGUUAAAUCUAAAAUGAAAAUAUAAAAAGCUACCAAUCUUCUUGUUUCUCUCCCAUCUCUGUCAUUAAUCACUCUUUCUCACACCAAUAAUGUAUAAUCUGAUGAUUGUUGUAUUUUUAUGUGUAUAUCCUUUUUGCGGUUUUGCUUUUUAAUACCGAUUUCAUUUUAAUUUUUAAUGUAGAUUUUUAUAUUAUGAAAUUUGCUUCCACAAGGCUAUAUAAAAGAGAUAGUGGUAUCUAUUUAAUUUACUAUUGUCAAUUCUGCAUUGUUUAUGUAAACAGAACUUGUCUAAACUGUUA